GCAGCCAGGAGCAAGGCGCACUCUGUGGCGCGCUCUGGGCGGCUCCGCGCGCUGUCGCCCCUGCGGCCCAUGCUGUCCCUGGCUUGGCUAGCGGAGGCGCUGCACAGAUACUCGCCUUUGGCCAUAGGCUCCUGCUGCUGCUGCCGCCCAGAGGACAGACCAGCCUCUGCCCGCGAUUUCCCCUCAGCAGCGGCGCUGCAGAGAGCGGGUGGGCUGCAGAAUGCGAUGUAGUUUUCCCAUCGCCUCGGAGUUGUCUGAGUUGGCAGAGCCUCGCCCGGGUUCCCUGAGCCCUGCUCCCUUCGAGCUCGCUGCUCAGUAGGUUGCUAACCAUUGUUGUGCCAGAAAGCCCAGGCUCCUUAGCUUCUGUCCUGGGUCCAUCCAGGGGCAGAGUAGGGUUGUCCCCAGCCGAGGCUCACUGUCUUCUCUCUGCUGACCCAUCUGUUUCCCCAUGGCGUCUCGUCAACAAACCCGAAUCCAAGCUUACCUGGAGAAAAACAAGAUCGGUCCUCUGUUUGAGGAAUUAAUGACCAAGUUAAUAACUGAGACACCUGACCAACCAAUCCCAUUUCUCAUUGAUCACCUUCAAUCUAAACAAGGAAACCAAGGACAACUGCAAAGAACUUUGUCAGGGUCAGCGGCUCUCUGGGCAGAAAGUGAGUCAUCAGAACCCAAAGGAACAAGAAGGGAUUUUAGAAGUUAUGAUAAACCUUGGCAGAUGAAUGCAAAGAAGCCUAAAAAAUCAAAAAGUGACCUGGCUGUAUCUAAUAUUUCUCCUCCAUCACCAGACUCCAAGUCAUUGCCAAGGUCAGUAGACCAUCCUAAGUGGACCUGGCGGACUAAACCACAAGGCCGUGAUUUUGAUGAAUUGAACCACAUCCUUCAAGAGAGCAAGAAGUUGGGGAAAGCCCUUGAGAAUCUUUCUCGAAGUAUUGCCAUUUCAGAUGAGCUUGAUAAGGAAACAGUGGCUUUCAAUUCUUCUCUUCUGAGACCUCGUGUGAUUGGGGAGUGGAUCGGCAGAGCAGAAAAUGAUGCCGAUCCCCUUGCAGCUGAAAUGCUGCAGCCUCCAGUUCCACGGAGUAAGAAUGACUCAUGGGAAAGUGAAGACAGCAGCUCUAGUCUAGCGGGAAGCUUAAAGAUGGAGCCAAAGACGAAAGGAUUAAAGCAGCAGCAGCAGCAGCAUAAGAAACUCCUGGCUGCGAUGCUUUCCCAGGAUUCCUUUGAGUCCAUCCACAGCCCCACACCAUCUGUAAUAGAAGAAGACAUUGAUAAUGAAGACGAUGCAAUGGAGUUGCUGGAAGAUCUGGAUGACUUAAGGAUGGAGGGUGUAACCACUCUGGUACUUUCGGGGAGCAAAUUUAACCAAGGUCGUCCUUCUCACCCUGCUGAGCCACAGGCCAAAGUCACACUGAACAUCUGUUCAAGGUGUGCCAGGCUUCAAGGAGACAACCUGAUGGAAAGGACAGAAGACACACUACAAAUAUUUCAUUCUCCAGAUGAAAUAAUCCCAGACUCAUUGGAUUCUCUUCCUGGGACAGAAGAAACUCUGGUGGAGGAAGGUGAAGAUUUUGAGAAAACAACUAGUUUAACAGAACCAGGAGAAGCCUCCAGUGGAGGACACUCUUUGAAAUCCUACAUGGAAGAAGAUGAGUCUUUGAAGCAAUUGCAGGUUGUGCAUCAGCCAUGGCUCUUACCAAGCGACACAGAAAGCGAAGGAAUUGAAGCAGAGCAAGACAAACGUUCUGCCAAUCUUCUCUGUGUGCCAUGCUCUUCCUGUCCUACCCUGGUCUACUCAGGUCUGUCUGUGAAACAGGUGAAGGACGUUGCAAGUGGUCCUUAAGGAGACUAUAACUGACUGAAUCCUUAUAUAUAGUCCUAAUUUGAUGUACUAAAUGUAAUCUCUAAAGAAAUGUUAUUUUCCUAAUGUCAAUAAUAAGCACUCUUGUAAGGAGGGUAUGCACCUAUGUAUAGUCCAAGAACACUAAUUCAAGCACAUUAGUCUAUUGGCUAUGGAAUCUGACACCUUUUGAUCUGGUCAGUGUCUUGGGCUUAUGUCACUUUAUGUGUAGUUAUUAAAAUUAAUGUUUGAUAUAAUAAAUAUUGGCUGACUCAAGUACUUAAACAUUUCUGGAUUUUAAUUUAGUUAGGGUUUUCUACCUCUAUUUUUAUAAUAGUAUCUCAUAUUUUGGGUAAAUAAACAUUAAACUUUGCCCACAUGUACAAAGAUACAGCAAUAGUCCUGUGCAGCAGUUGACUGCUUAGUGUUAGCCUCUGAGAUGUAAACUCUUUGCAUCAGGAAGAAAUUUAUCCCCCAUAACUGCCCCAAUAUAAUAUUACCCUUCCCUAUUAAAAUAUGGUGGAUAUGUAACUUCAGUAAAGCAAAACAAAGAAUAAUGAAAUGCAUGCCCUCAGAAAAAUUACAAGGAAAUCACUUGAUUAUUUAUGCAAUUAUUGAGCUACAUUAAGACUUCCCAUUUAAAUCUGAUGUAUGCUUACUUUUGGAAUGUGCUAUGUAUUGAUUCUAAAUGAAUGGAUCUCAAUCAAUCUAUUGAAUAUAUCUGCUAUCUUUUAUCUUGUCUUUAUGCAAGUUUUUUUGGUGGGCUUUAAUGAAUUAAGGCUAAAUUAUACAACUCUGUAUAGCUAUAAGAGAAACAAUUGUUAAAGACUAGAAUGUAGCUAAGAAACAAGCAAUUUCUGACUUCUGAAUUAAAUCAUGUUUAUAAAUAUAAAUAAGAAAGUUAUAAAUGAUGUAAUAAAUUUUCUUACAUUAUUGUUUUCUUGUAUGAUGAAACUAAUUUUAGUAAUAAGUAUUUUUAUAGAUGGAAAUAAAUUAAAGGUUUAUAUA